AUGAUGAGGCCGACUGCGAGAGCAGCGACAUCGCCAACUUGGCUCGCUGCGCUGCUGGUCCUAGCAUCGAUCUCACAAGCAGCUGUGCGCGUCGAGCGUCCAGCCAGUUCGCAGCUUCCCCAGAUUGCUCGAUUUGGUCAGCCUUACGCGUGGUCUUUCGCCUCAAACACUUUCGUCGACGUCAAUGCCACAGCACCUCUGGAAUACAACAUCACUGGACUUCCAUCGUGGGCCACCUUUGAGCCUGCAAGCCUUGCCCUCUCAGGUACGCCCUCCCUACCGUCUGCGGGACUGGCGCGUCAAAACGACACGGUGAUUCUUACGGCCACCAAUCAGAAAAGUGGAAGCAAGGCGUCGACGUCUUUCCAGCUGAUCGCAAUGGGUGGCACCGGCCCUGUACUCAACAAGCCACUUUCCCAGCAGCUUCCUAACGCGACGACGCUUGGCGCGAAAUCCAUCUUGCCGUCCGGCGCUCAGCUCUUGCGUCUCGGCUAUUCCUUUUCCAUCGGCUUUGCAGGCGACACAUUUACCUCGGACAGCCAUCGAGUCUACCUAUCAGCAGAGCUGGCGGAUGGUUCGCCUUUGCCAGACUGGAUGCACUUCGAUCAGACCGUCACGCUGUGGGGUCUGGCUCCAACAGACGUGCAUACGGCAGGAAGCUUCUACACCGUCGUCGUAACCGCCAGCGACGUGCCUGGAUAUGCCGGUGUCAACAGCUCGUUACAAAUGGUUGUGAGCGGCGCUAGUCUCAUUCAGGCAGCGCCGUUUCCAGCCAUCAACGCGACUGCAGGGCAGGCCUUCCAAUCCACACUCCCACUUGAAGGCAUCGUCGAUGCGAACGGCAGCCCUGUCAACACCUCUUCGCUCCGCGUUAGCGCCAACACCACCUCAAUAGGCCCAUGGCUAGCGUUCGACGAGUCGACCAACACCUUCUCUGGCACUCCGCCAUUCAACUUGACCGACGGGGGGCCUCUUCAUUUCGCGGUGCCGAUCACGCUUGCUAACGCAAGCAACACCGAGAUGCGAUCUGUCGCAGCAUCGGCGCGAGUAACAGUUUUCUCAUCCCCGUUCUCGGUCUCAACUCUGCCGGACGUAGAAGUCACGCCCGGCAGGAUGUUUCAGGUAGAGCUGGGCCAGUACUUCCGAGCAGGCCAGACGCCCCCGCAGCUGGUGCUGGACCCACCGUCAGCGGAGCAGUGGGUUCACUUCGAUCCAGCCACAAUGCUGCUAUCGGGCACCCCUCCCAAGAGCGGUGCCGAGCGUGUCGAUGUGCAAUUCUCAGUCGAAACGACAGAGUCCAGCGGCUACCGCAGUGUUUCCACGCGAGGCUUUGCCAUCAACCCAUCAUCUUCGUCUGCGUCCCCAACACCGCUUCCUUUGCCGAGUCGAAGCGUAUCCCCUGGGCGUGCCACGGCCGCUUCUUCCACCAGCUCAACCGGUGGCUUUGCCUCCUCAGACUCUUCAUCAGACGCAGGCUCUGGAGGUCUUAGUAGUAAAGCCAAGUUCGCCAUCGCUGCAUCUCUGGGUAGCGUCGGAGGGCUUUUCAUGCUGAUCUUCCUCAUGAUGUGCUGCCGUCGCCACUGUGCCGCGGAGGACCGUCACUUUCGAGGCGCGCACCCCGAUGACAGCAAUUCGGUCUUCGAAAAGCCCAACAACAGCUACGGCUUUGACGACGAUCGAACGCUGGCAGAUGAGCGAUCUCCUCGCUUCGGAUGGGUUGGACUCAGAGCAGGCGGAAAAGUCGGAAAGGGCAAAAAGGACGACGAGGAGGCGAGUCCCUACCUCGAUCCUUACGCGGCUCUGGCAGAUGCAGGUGCGGCCAACGCAGAUCGUUCUCCGUUUUCCGAUGCGAUGACGCUGGCUCCCACAGACGAAGGUCACGGGCCAGAAUGGUCCUCUGGACACCCCCGUCAGGUGUAUACGACGGACUCAACGAAUAUCGCACCGGGAACAAGCUCGACGACGGCUGUGCCUCCCUUCAUCCCUUUGCCCGCUUUCAGUAUCACCAAUCCUUCACCGCUGGCUCCGGAGAAGCCUAGACGGGGAUCCGUGCUCAAUCUCUUUAACAGAACGCCCAAAACAUCCAAGUCGAAUCGUUCCAUCAAUAGACUCGCCUCGGUCCCUGUUUCUGAAUCGUUCGGACCUCAGACUGGAUCGGCCGAGGAGCGAGCCGAUCUUGCCCGUCCGGUUUCGAUCGGUCUUGGUCUCGAAGGCAUGAUGGAUCGCGACUUGUCGCAGAUGACCACCUCCAAGAGUCUUGCUGCGCGUAGUAGCUGGGAGUCAAACCUCUUCUACGAUGACACAAUGGACCGCGGUGUCAGCACUUCGGCGGCACCUGCCACUCCUGAGAGACGCCGUGGAGAGGCCUUGCGCACUGAAACCCUUAGCCUGGACUCCCCCCUCGAGGUUCCGGUCCGCCGCACUUUGGGCUCUGCCCCGAUGCGUCACAGGAAUGCGCACAUUAGCACCUCGCCUGCAUUCAACCUCACCGCCGGAUUUGAAGAUUCACCGGAACGUGACGACGACGUGCCGCGAGAUCGCUCAGGUUUGACGUCGAAGGUCGGACACGAGCGAAAGAUGGGUGGCGGCGCAGGGUCCAUUGAUCUGAAUGACGCAGUUGUCGGGUAUGCUCGCAAGGUCAACGUUGAGGCGUCGGGGACCAUUCCUCCUCCUCAGCAGGUGAGCAUACAGCAAGGGCAUCGUAACCUCUCGCAACAUCUGGAAAACUACAUGCAGCAAACACCUCGGGGAGGAUCGAUGGAUACGACUCGAAGUGGUUCCGUCCCACCAGCGCACGACGACGACCCCUUUGAGGAUGCCGAAGAUGACCCUUCUGUGGCAGCCACUCAACGGGCCACGGUCGAAAACACCAAGAGGAACUCCGCAGCCACUUAUGUGCCUGACUUAGCCGGUGCCGAAACAGCGGCUGUAAGAUACCCGGACAGCCGCAGGAGCUCUAUGGUCCCUGGUGCCCCUGACGCUGGUUCGACUCCUGUCCGCACUAGAGUCGCCGGUCCCAGGACUAGUGGCGACGAGCAGCGAGGCCCCACUGUUCGAGCGGUCAGGCAGUCCACUGGACCGAUUCCUGCUUCGCCUGUUGUUCCGGGUUCUACAUAUCGUGCCGCCUCAAUCGACAGGGAGGAGAACGCACAAACACCUGUGAGAGGCAAUCGAGCUCCGGUCGCGACAAAGGACGCGGAGUCUGGUACCGCAUCCGCGACUUCCGGGCGUCCUUGGUCGGCCAGUUCAAACAAGUCUCGUGCAGCGACAUCCUUCCAGACUCCUCAAUCCUCGUCUACUCCGGCUCGAGUUCGACCUGCAAACAAUCCCUCCUCUUCCAUCUCACACCGUCGCAGCGACUCGUCCACGCGCUCCGGGGACGCACCUCCUCUUAACGUCUCGACGCCAUGGUCAAGCAUCCGAUCCCAUACUGUGACGGUCAGACCGGGUGAGCUGAUCCGCGUCUCUGCGCUCUCCGGAACCGCGGCGCCACCCAUGGUCGGCGGCGCGCCAGGUUCGCCCGGCAAGCGAUCUGGACGCAAGCUCAGCUACCAUCCUGUGCUGCAGGAUGAAAAGUACUUUGAGUACUACAAUACCUGGCCCGAAUUCCUUCACUGGCUGAAGUGGGACGAUCGCAUGCAGGAGCUGUCUGGCACGGUCCCUCCUAAAUUCGGCCCGACCCCGCUCAGUUUGAAGUUGGCUAUCCUUGCGAGGCCAUCUAACGCGGCACUUCCAAGCGCAAGUCCAAGCUCGAGCCCGUCUAAAAUUGGAUCUAGAACAAGCACAGGGCACGCACGGUCUACUUCAAAUGCUUCGAAUACAUCGAACGCUGCAGGCACGGCAGGGAGCGAGGACGAGGUAGCGGCGAUCGUCUUGCUCAACGUUCUCCAGAAGGCUCCCUCGACUCCUGGAGGGGCCAAGUUUAUCUGA